CUGUUCGUUCUGAUCCUCUUCUUGCCUCUGCAACAACGACUGCGACGACAGACCGCUUCUCCUCUCACAUAAUACAGCCAACAGCACCCACAGCGAUUACUCGCAUGCCCCCGCCAGAAAAUCCACCGAUCGAUCCAUUCCCGCCUCUCAGACCUACGUUCUCGCCUGUAGAAUCUAGAUCCGCAUCUUACGCUGCUGUUGUCAGACGGAAUACAAAUACAAACGCAAACACAAAUAUAAACACAAACACGGAUCCGUCCGCCCUUACGAAUACGGAUACGAAUACAACGGGAGCGUCCUCUGUAGAGAGAGACACGGAGGAAAGAUAUUCUGGAGAAAGUUUGUCAGGGAGAGAGAGGGUACAUCCCUGGAGGGAGAAUAUACAUCCUUGGCGCGACAGAAUAAUGGAAAGCAGCGGCAACGGAAACCAGCGAGAUAUGGAUGGUGGUAUGGGCAAUGCGAGUGGUAGGGUCGAUGGCAACACAAGCAUCAACGCCAAUAUUAGCGCCACCAGCAGCUCAAGCGCACACUCAGACGCACUCGCGGACACGAAUUCACAAACAAAUAAUCCUUCUGCCCCAUUCACCCUUCGGGAGAUGCUAAGGAAUGUCCAGGCUUCGUCUCCGGCACCUGCUACUUCCUCCCCGGCAUGGGCAUCAGCGCCAGGAUCAAGCCAAGCGCCAGCAUCGAGAUCGACGUCGCGUAUCGGCAUUAACGGAUUGCCGCAUGUUCGUCAUUAUGAUUUCAAUCAUCCUAUUAGAGACGGGAAUGGGAGAAAUGUGGGAAUGAUUAUGAGAGAGAAUGAUGAUCGGCCCAGUGUCUCAGGUUUGCUCUCACGGAUGAUUGAUUCUUCCGACUCCACCUCUGUAUCGGCGACGGCUCAGAACCAGAGCCCAAAUCAAAAUCAAAACCGAAGUCAAACUGGAGCACAAACUCAGAGCCAUGACCAAAGUGCAUACCCCCCACUGCCAUUUAAUCGGCCGUCAGCAGCCCGUAGGGGUCCACCUAUCAUCACUGAUGGAAGUAACCGGUAUGCUUUGGGGUCUACGCCUAUGGCCCAAGGACAGGAGCAGCAGAGAAAUCAUUUUGGUCCGAUUUAUCCCCUUCCCUUACGCAACACCAACAACACCAAUAUCAACCGCGACGGCAACAGCGGUGGUAAUAUGACAGCAGCAGGCGAAGGGGAUGACAACGAUGUUAUAGUCUCCUUUCUUCCGUCUCCUCCGAGGUUGUUCGACUCAGACGGCGAUUCGCUCCAUUCCUUGACAGACGACGAGGACGAUAGCAACCGGGUGUAUGAAGAUGGAGGGGAUGGGAGGGAAUUGUGGGACGAAGUUGAGUGGAUGCGGGAAGUUUUAGAUGGUGAUCAUGCAAGUGGGUCCGGGGCUGGGGUUGGCGCUGGCGGCGCUGGGGCAAGAAAUGAGAGAUCAUUCCCCCUCCGACGGCCGGGCCUUGGUUCAGCACAAGCAGAUGGACCAACAGGCCAAGGAGCGGACUUACAGAGAGGAGGGUUCAAUAGGCGGCGGGACUAUCUUGAUUUCCUCGACCAUAUGGUCAACCUCCCAAAUAAUUCAUCGAUACCGAGCGCAUUGCAUACCCAUUCCCAUUCCCAUGUCCAGGACCUCAUCAACGACAAUCUCAACACGGACCCCAACCGCAACACCACCACCAACACCAACGUCGGGUCGAUUGCGGAAGGGCAAGCGCACGGAGUCUCUCGGCCAUUGGAAUACGCUCUCAACAUCAGUCGUUCUUCAUCUCGCGCCGAGUCUCGAGCUGCAGGUCUUUCACCAACAAACUUAGGUCCCAUUCAAGCUGGCGUUGAACCUCCUGUCUUGGUCAGUUCUACUUCCGCUUCGAGCUCGAGGCUUUCUAGAGGGAGGAGGGCACGUUCGGCAGGUCCGGAUUUGGAUGUGGAUGGACGCAGGGAAGGGGCUGAAGGAGGGCUAAGUGAGGAUAGUCCUGCGAGGAAGAGGUCUAGAACAUCUGCAUCUUCGUCACCCUCUGCAUCGUCUUCCUUAAACGGCAAUACCGGUUCGGCGCUCUCUUCUUCCUCUUCUGGUGCCUCAUCAUCAGCACAAGCGCAAUCGCGACCACGCACUGGGCCAGCAAGGCAUUUUAGACCCCCAUACCUCUCCUACUCGUCUCUUCCGAUUGAUACUCUUCUUCCUUUGGAUUUAGGUUUCCCCCAACCUCCUUCUUCUGCUCAUCUCACGCUAUCUUCGCACAUCCAUCGACCGUCCCCCACUUUGUCGCCUGCUUCCCUUGCAGCGAACACCGAGACCGAGACCGGAACCGAGAGCAAGGCUGGAAGUGGGAGGAGGGUUGCAAGGGAGUCAGAGAACAUACCUCCGCGCCCAAAUAUCGCUCCAUCGGACCCUAGAUACCCUAUCAUCCGUCCACGUAUAACCUUCUCCCACCCUCGCCCGACUCGAACGGAUAGUGAUGCCACCAGUCUUAUGACCACCCUCCCUGUCCCAAGAGGGGUAGGUAUCUUCUACUGGGAAGCAGAAGUGUUAGCCAAGGGAGAGGAAGGGUUCAUCUCUGUUGGCUGGAUCGCUGGAUUGCCAACGCCCGUCAUCAUUCCUGAACAAAAAGACAGUACCAACGCAAACGUCAACGCAAGUGGAAGUGGAAGUGGAAGUGGAAGCAGGACCUUGAAUGCGAAUACAAUCCCGAAUACAGGCGGUGCAGGAGGGCAUGCGGGCGUACCGAUGAGGAAUAUGCGCAGACUCGUAGGGUGGAGUAAAGGGUCGUGGGGAUGGCAUGGGGAUGAUGGGCGGUUGUUUGCUGGGCAGGGGAUGGGUGAGCGGUUCAGUGAGACUUGGGGCGAGGGUGAUAUUGUCGGACUCGGGCUGGAUCAAACGACCUCGACGUUGUUUUUCACCAAGAACGGGAAACUAGUCGGUUCAAAGACAUUCCCCUCCCUUCCAUCUUGCUGCCCUCCUCCUCCCCCUUCCUUCUCGCCGUCGCCGUUUGCCUCACACCGUCAUCCAGUGAUCACCAAAUCGACAGACACACUUUUAUAUCCGGCGGUAGGACUUCGUUCUCAAGGAGAGAGUGUGGCAGUCAACUUGUGCGGCCCGUUCAAAUACGAUAUUGAAGCACACGUCAGAGAGGUGAAAGAGAGAAUGAGCAAGGAAGUGGGACGGGUGGAGGUGAAGAGAGUGAGUAGUGUCGUUGAUCUAGUCGAUGAUCAGGAUAUUGCGGGUACGAACGCAGAACAAGCGGAGGGAUUCGAGGAAAAAUGUGAGGGUGGAAAGGAGUCAGAGAUGAAAGAGUCCAUCGACACUAGUCGGAUUGGUACGCCGAUCCAUCGUAUUUCUUCGGCUACAACCCCAACGUCGACGACGGCUCCCGGACCCACCUCAAGCAAUAGUCAGAAGCUCCCACCCUCCGCCCCACUCGACCCCCUUCGCCAGACGACGACCGCUUUUGUCCUUGAUUAUCUCAAUCAUCAUGGUCAUACGAAAGCUGAGGGGACGAUGAGACGGGCGAUUGGUGAGAGGAAUUGGAUCGGGGCAUCCACGUCCUCGUCUUCGUCAUCUUCAUCUGUCAGUAACACCCACAUCUCGAACCUCAUUACCUCUGACAACAUCCCCAUGGCCAAACCCAACCCAACCCUGCAAGAUUUCCCCACCAUCUCGUCCGCUUUGCUAUAUUUGUCGAAUCUAAUUCGCAAACCGUUUGAAGAGCGGGUUCCAUGGCCCUUAUGGAGGGAACUUGCACUUCUGGAUGAGGACAGUGCACAGAGCCGGGAAGAUAUGAAGGGAAAGGGAAAAAGGAAGGGGAAGGGGAAAGAAAGAGCACGGGGGAACGAUAUAAGAAAUGUGAAAUACGAGGCAGAUAAGACAGAUGGAAUGGAGCGCGAGGAGUUGGAGCUGGAAGGAAGCCUGCUGGUAUACGAUUUUUUGCAUGCGGCAAUGUUCUCAGCUGCCGAUCACGAUUCUAUCGAAGUGGAUGGAGAAGAGGGGGAGAGGGAAGAGCAGGGUGCGGAUGCGGAUGCGCGAACGAUCGCUAUAGGUCGAAAGAUUCAAAAACGUCUUCAGCGCCCGUCUACUUCACUCCCAACAUCAACAUCACCAGCCGUUCUCAAACCCCAGCUUCAGGCAGAUGAUUGGGUGAUAUAUGCCAAAGAAGCUUUUGGAGCUAUUGUUAAUCCACAGGGAUAUAGCACGAGUGAGAGAUGGGCGCAUUGGAGGGAACGUUUAGCAACGAGAUUGGAAGUCUUUCUGAGACAACGCCGAGGCCUUCCUCAAAUCUCCAGGCUUGAGACGGCCAUCAUCCAAACUAACGCCGUGAUUCAUGCUCUGGCCCAGAAAAGACCAAAUAGUGGGGCGGCAUUUGUUGAUGUCAAGGAGGCUUUGGGGUUAAAUGAGGCGAAAGGAAAGUGAAUGCAAAUGCAGUUGUAAAUAUGGCUUUGUCUUUGCCUUAACGUUGUGCUGGAUGUGUUCUUAUUUUCCGUACUUUUCAUACAUACAUACAUGAUGUAUCUGUUUCCACC